AUGGCAGACAUUCACCCAGAGCCCAAAGCUCGCCAUGGGGACCACCUGGAGGAGAAAGGCGUCACUCACGCCGAAGAGGUUGAUCUUUCCAAAACCCUCGAGGCCAAGAUCCGGAAUCCCCUCGAGGGAAUCCCCCGUGAGCAGCUGAUGCGCGACGUCGAAGCCUUUGCCGAGUAUCGCGGCCUGCAGGAGUAUAUUGGCCUCCUCAAAAAGGGCGCCCUGGUGGCCCAGAACCCCGCCGAAGCCGCAGCCAUUGACGGCCCCGAGAAGCUCACCCAAGCCGAGUUUGACGCCCUCGAGACGGAGAGAAACCACAGGUGGCGCAUGCCCUUGAGACUCUUCCUCACCAUCGCUACGUGCUCCAUCGGCGCCGCCGUACAGGGCUGGGACCAGACGGGAAGCAAUGGCGCCAACAUAUUUCUCCCAGAGGCAUACGGCCUGUUCCCGAAAGAGAGCGAUCGGGACUCCUUAAUCAUCGGUCUUUUGAAUGCUGGUCCUUACAUCGGCAGCGCAUUCAUUGGGUGUUGGUUAUCCGACCCCCUCAACAACUGGUUCGGCCGUCGAGGCACGAUUUUCUUCUCCGCUCAUUUCUGCAUCUGGCCCGUCAUUGGAUCCGCUCUGUGUCGGACCUGGGAACAACAAAUGGCCUGCCGCCUGCUCAUGGGUAUAGGAAUGGGGGCCAAGGCCUCGACUGUGCCCAUCUACGCCGCCGAGAACGCUCCCGCUUCGAUUCGAGGCGCUCUCGUCAUGUCUUGGCAAAUGUGGACUGCUUUCGGCAUCAUGCUCGGGACUGCUUUCAACUUGGCCGUCUUCUAUGUCGAUAAUAUCAACUGGCGGCUUAUGCUUGGCGCCCCAUUCCUCCCGGCCGUUCCCCUUGUGCUCCUGAUCUACUGCUGCCCCGAGUCUCCCCGCUGGUAUAUGAAGAAGAAUCGCUACCCCGAGGCCUGGAAGUCGCUCCUCGUGCUGCGCAAUGAUCCCAUCCAGGUUGCCCGAGACAUCUACUACAUCAGCGCUCAGCUCGAGAUUGAGAAGGAGCUUGUUGGGAAGACAAACUACUUGUCGCGAUUUACUCAACUAUUCACCAUUCCCCGCGUCCGACGAGCGAACCUGGCUGCCUUUACCGUCAUGAUUGCGCAGCAGAUGUGCGGCAUCAACAUCAUUGCUUUCUACUCCACCACAAUCUUUGUUGAUGCCGGCCUCGGCGAGUUCAAGGCCAUGAUCGGGUCGUUUGGCUUCGGUCUGGUCAAUUGGCUCUUUGCCUUCCCGGCGUUCUGGACUAUCGACACUUUUGGCCGACGAAGCCUGCUCCUCUUCACUUUCCCCCAGAUGUUCUGGACUCUACUCGCCGCUGGUCUCUGCACCCUCAUGCCUUCAGGAACUGCCGACUCCCCUAACAACGCAAGGACGGCUCUCGUCUGCUUAUUCGUCUUCCUCUUUGGCGCCUUUUACUCACCCGGUGAGGGUCCCGUUCCGUUCACCUACAGCGCCGAAGUCUACCCUCUGUCUCAUAGAGAGACUGGCAUGGGCUUUGCCGUGGCCACAUGCCUGUUCUGGGCUGCUGUUUUGGGCACAUCCUUCCCCUUCCUUUUGAAGCAACUCCACACCGUCGGCGCAUUCGGACUUUACGCGGGCUUCAACCUUGUUGCCUUCAUCAUGAUCUUCCUCUGGGUUCCGGAAACCAUGCAGCGCACACUCGAGGAACUCGACUUCGUGUUCGCCGUCCCCGUGCGCAAGUUCGCCGCCUAUCAAGUCACGCAGACCAUCCCAUGGGUUUUCAAGCGGUACAUCUUGUUACAGCGCAACGCCGUCAGGCGGCCGCUGUACAAUUUCGAGAACGUGGCCGUGCCGCCCAGCAAGCAUGCGUCCGGCACCCAGCCCUUUACCACCGUGAGCUCCGACGACGAUAGGAAGUAUUGA